UAUUUAAUGAAGUUGCACCUCUCUCUUCAUCACCUUAUAUAUAAAACACCCUCUUAGUUCUCUAUUUCAUUGUUUCUUCAUUACAUAUUAUCAGUUCUCAAAAGUCUCUCUUUUCUCCAGCUUCUGCAAAAGCUUAAGCAUCUCAAAUAAAAAUUUUUGCAGAUCAUGAAUCCGGCUAAUCAAUUUUGGUCGAUGAUCGAAAAUGAUCCUGGGUUUGUUUCUUCUUCGUCUAAACUGCCGCAUGGUCAGUCAAAUAGCUUCUUGAAGAGUGAGCUUAAUUCACUGGACAUAACGCCAAAGAUAGUAUCGGAAAAAGACAUAAUGUUGCAGUUAGGAGACGAUGAAAUCGACAUCAAAUCCAGUGGCAAUGACAAUCAAGAAGGCAAAUCCAGUAGUGAAACAAUCGUGACUAAUGGUCAGCUUGCUAAUAGGAGAAAGCUCCAUCACCGCCACACACAACAUCGGAUCCAAGAAUUGGAAGCUUUCUUUAAGGAGUGUCCUGAUGACAAGCAAAGGAAGGAGCUCGGUCAUAGAUUAGGGUUAGAGCCCCUGCAGGUCAAAUUUUGGUUCCAAAAUAAGUGUACUCAAAUAAAGAAUAAAGGACAACACAAUGAUAACGCAUCACUUCGAGUUGAAAAUGACAAGCCUAGGGCUGAAAAUGUGCGGCUUGGUGAAGCUCUCGACAAUGGUUGCGCUCAUUGUGGCCACCCUAGAUUAAAUUUAGGUGAAAUGUCAUAUGAUAGACAUCACUUGAGGCUCGGAAAUGCUCACCUACAACAAGAGCAUGAGCGCAUGUCAGAGAUUGAGAAGUCAAGUAUUAUCGAAGUAGCGGUGGAAGCUAUGGAAGAGCUUCUUCAAAUGGCUCGAAUGGGAGAGCCACUUUGGUUAUCUAGCAUAUAUAAUGAAACUAUUUUUCUGAAUGAAGAAGAGUAUAUGAAGAGAUUCCAUAGAGGAAGUGGGCGUAAAGCUCAAGAGAUUAAGACCGAAGCUUCUAGAGAAAAUGCUAUAGUCAUCAUGAACCACAUCCACUUGGUAGAAAUUCUCAUGGACACGAAUCACUGGGCAAGUUUGUUUUCCAAUAUUGUGUCGACUGCUGUUACGUUGGAUGUCAUAUCAACUGGAGUAGCAGGAAACUUGAACGGAGCAAUGCAAAAGAUAUAUGCAGAGUUUCAAAUGCCCUCUCCACAGGUUCCAACUCGAGAAUGCUACUUUUUAAGAUAUUGCAAACGAACUGUUGAUGGAAUAUGGGCAAUUGUCGAUGUUUCCCUGGACCAUACACCAACUACUAGCUGCAGGAAAAGGCCCUCAGGAUGCUUAAUUCAAAAAAUGCCAAAUGGUUAUUCCAAGGUCACUUGGAUCGAACAUGUGGAGGUUGAUGAUGUAGUCAUCCACAACAUAUACAAGCCCUUGGUGACUUCUGGCCUAGCAUUCGGGGCAAAACGCUGGAUUGUUACUUUGAAUAGACAAUGUGAACGACUAGCAAGUGCAAUGGCCAUAAAUUUACACAAAAAUGACAUCUGUCAAAUGUUGUCAACAGAUAAAGAGGGAAGAAAGGGUGUGUUGAAGUUAGCGGACAGAAUGGUCAUAAGCUAUUGUUCAGGAGUCAGUUCUUCAACAACACACAAUUGGACAACUCUCACGGGAAGUGGCUCUGAUAUUAACGAUGUACGAAUGAUGACCAGGCAGAGCAUUGACGAUCCAGGGAGGCCACAUGGCAUUGUGCUGAGCGCUUCAACUUCCCUAUGGCUACCCAUUCCUCCGAAAACUGUGUUUGAUUUCCUCCGUGAUGAAAACACUAGGAGCAAGUGGGAUGUUCUGUCCAAUGGGGGUAAUGUUCAAGAGGUGGCUCAUAUUGCUAAUGGCCGGGAAACAGGCAAUUGUGUCUCCGUUUUGAGAGUGAAUAGUCUAAACUCAGCUCAGAGCAAUAUGUUGAUAGUGCAAGAGAGCAGCACCGAUCCAACAGGGUCAUUUGUUGUGUAUGCGCCUGUUGAUGUUUCUGCUGUGAACAUAGUAUUAUGUGGUGGAAAUUCUGAUAAUGUUGCGCUUUUGCCUUCUGGAUUUGUCAUACUUGCGGAUGGGCCCUCAGAGAGUUCUGUUGGAUCUCUCCUCACCACUGCUUUCCAAAUUUUGGUAGAUCAUGUUCCCACCGCGAAGAUUUCUCCUUCAUCAGUUGCUAUGGUCAAUAACCUCGUAUCUUGCACCAUCAACAAGAUAAGGGCUGCUCUUUUAUCAGACACCCUGUGAUCGGUAGACUUUAUGUAGGGAAGGAGCAGUAUCGAAGACGUUGGCACAGGAAUAAAAUGCAUUCAAGAGCGCACCUUUUUCCUUUGAUUGUUUUAUUGGUUGCAUCUUCUUCUUAAAGUUUUAAAAGAAGAGUUUAUUGGAUUUUCUUGUUUGUGCUUUUGGUCGAUGGGCUUAUUGCUGAAUCUUUUGUUUAGGUAUGCUUAUUUUCAUUCCAAUAACUAUCAAAUGGUUGUUAGCUUCAUUUGCCU